GCGGGCGGCCCCGAGAAUGGCGGGGGCUGCAGGUGGGGCGCGCGCCCGACGGCCGGGGAUCCCCUCUGAGCGGCCGCAGCUCCUGCGCCUCCCGGGAGGGCCGCCCCAUCGGCGCCACUGAGGCAAAGGACAGACAGACAGUCCACCCUUCCCCGCUCAAACUGGGAUCAUGACGGUCCCCAAGGAGAUGCCCGAGAAGUGGGCCCGGGCCGGGGUGCCUCCUUCCUGGAGCCGAAAGAAGCCCUCUUGGGGGACAGAAGAAGAAAGGAGGGCGCGGGCCAAUGACCGAGAAUACAAUGAGAAAUUCCAGUAUGCGAGUAACUGCAUCAAGACCUCCAAGUACAAUAUUCUCACUUUCCUGCCUGUCAACCUCUUUGAGCAGUUCCAGGAAGUUGCCAAUACCUACUUCCUGUUCCUUCUCAUUCUGCAGUUGAUCCCACAGAUCUCGUCCCUGUCCUGGUUCACCACCAUUGUGCCUUUGGUUCUUGUCCUCACCAUCACAGCUGUUAAAGAUGCCACUGAUGACUAUUUCCGCCACAAGAGUGAUAACCAGGUGAAUAACCGUCAGUCUCAGGUGCUGAUCAAUGGAAUCCUCCAGCAAGAGCAGUGGAUGAAUGUCUGUGUUGGUGAUAUUAUCAAGCUAGAAAAUAACCAGUUUGUGGCGGCGGAUCUCCUCCUCCUUUCCAGCAGUGAGCCCCAUGGGCUGUGUUACAUAGAGACAGCAGAACUCGAUGGAGAGACCAACAUGAAAGUGCGUCAGGCGAUUCCAGUUACCUCGGAAUUGGGAGACAUCAGUAAGCUUGCCAAGUUUGAUGGUGAAGUGAUCUGCGAACCUCCCAACAACAAGCUAGACAAAUUCAGCGGAACCCUCUACUGGAAGGAGAACAAGCUCCCCCUGAGCAACCAGAACAUGCUGCUGCGGGGCUGCGUGCUGCGAAACACCGAGUGGUGCUUCGGGCUGGUCAUCUUUGCAGGUCCUGACACUAAGCUGAUGCAGAACAGCGGCAGGACAAAGUUCAAGAGAACAAGUAUUGAUCGCCUAAUGAAUACACUGGUGCUCUGGAUUUUUGGAUUCCUGGUCUGCAUGGGGGUGAUCCUGGCCAUUGGCAAUGCCAUCUGGGAGCACGAGGUUGGGAUGCGCUUCCAGGUCUACCUGCCCUGGGAUGAGGCGGUGGACAGUGCCUUUUUCUCUGGCUUCCUCUCGUUCUGGUCCUACAUCAUCAUCCUCAACACUGUCGUGCCCAUAUCACUCUAUGUCAGUGUGGAAGUCAUCCGCCUGGGCCACAGCUACUUCAUCAACUGGGAUAAGAAGAUGUUCUGCAUGAAGAAGCGGACGCCCGCAGAGGCCCGCACCACCACUCUGAAUGAGGAGCUGGGCCAGGUGGAGUACAUCUUCUCUGACAAGACGGGCACACUCACUCAGAACAUCAUGGUCUUCAACAAGUGCUCCAUCAAUGGCCGCAGCUAUGGUGAUGUGUUUGAUGUCCUGGGACACAAAGCUGAAUUGGGAGAGAGGCCUGAACCCGUCGACUUCUCCUUCAAUCCCCUGGCUGACAAGAAGUUCUUAUUUUGGGACCCCACCCUCUUGGAGGCUGUCAAGAUGGGGGACCCCCACACGCAUGAGUUCUUCCGCCUCCUUUCCCUCUGUCAUACCGUCAUGUCAGAAGAAAAGAACGAAGGGGAGCUGUACUACAAAGCCCAGUCCCCGGAUGAGGGGGCCCUGGUCACUGCAGCCAGAAACUUUGGUUUUGUAUUUCGGUCUCGUACCCCCAAAACCAUCACCGUCCACGAGAUGGGCACAGCCAUCACCUACCAGCUGCUGGCCAUCCUAGACUUCAACAAUAUCCGCAAGCGGAUGUCAGUCAUAGUACGGAAUCCAGAGGGGAAGAUCCGACUCUACUGCAAAGGGGCUGACACUAUCCUGCUGGACAGACUCCACCACUCUACCCAAGAGCUGCUCAACACCACUACUGACCACCUGAAUGAAUACGCAGGGGAAGGGCUGAGGACCCUGGUACUGGCCUACAAGGAUCUGGAUGAAGAGUACUAUGAGGAGUGGGCUGAGAGACGACUCCAAGCCAGCCUGGCCCAGGACAGCCGGGAGGACAGGCUGGCCAGCAUCUAUGAGGAGGUUGAGAGCGACAUGAUGCUUCUAGGUGCAACAGCCAUUGAGGACAAACUUCAGCAAGGAGUUCCGGAGACCAUCGCCCUCCUGACUCUGGCCAACAUCAAGAUUUGGGUGCUAACCGGAGACAAACAAGAGACGGCCGUGAACAUUGGCUAUUCCUGCAAGAUGCUGACGGACGACAUGACGGAGGUGUUCAUAGUCACUGGCCACACUGUCCUGGAAGUGCGGGAGGAGCUCAGGAAAGCCCGGGAGAAGAUGAUGGACUCGUCCCGCACCAUAGGCAAUGGCUUCACCUACCAGGAGAAACUUUCUUCUUCCAAGCUUACUUCUGUCCUGGAAGCUGUCGCUGGGGAGUACGCCCUGGUCAUCAAUGGGCACAGCCUAGCCCAUGCAUUAGAGGCAGACAUGGAGCUAGAGUUUCUGGAAACAGCCUGUGCCUGCAAAGCUGUCAUCUGCUGCCGGGUGACCCCUUUGCAGAAGGCACAAGUGGUGGAACUGGUUAAGAAGUACAAGAAGGCUGUGACACUUGCCAUUGGGGAUGGAGCCAAUGAUGUCAGCAUGAUCAAAACGGCCCACAUUGGUGUGGGCAUCAGCGGGCAGGAAGGGAUCCAGGCUGUCCUGGCCUCUGAUUACUCCUUCUCCCAGUUCAAGUUCCUGCAGCGCCUCCUGCUGGUGCACGGGCGCUGGUCCUACCUGCGCAUGUGCAAGUUCCUCUGCUAUUUCUUCUACAAGAACUUUGCUUUCACGAUGGUCCACUUCUGGUUUGGCUUCUUCUGCGGCUUCUCGGCCCAGACCGUCUAUGACCAGUAUUUCAUUACCCUUUAUAACAUCGUGUACACCUCCCUCCCGGUCCUGGCUAUGGGGGUCUUCGAUCAGGAUGUCCCAGAGCAGCGGAGCAUGGAGUAUCCCAAGCUGUAUGAGCCAGGCCAGCUGAACCUCCUCUUCAACAAGCGGGAGUUCUUCAUCUGCAUCGCCCAGGGCAUCUACACCUCCGUGCUCAUGUUCUUCAUCCCCUACGGGGUGUUUGCUGAGGCCACUCGGGAUGAUGGCACUCAGCUGGCCGACUACCAGUCCUUUGCAGUCACUGUGGCUACUUCACUGGUCAUUGUGGUCAGCGUGCAGAUUGGGCUGGAUACAGGCUACUGGACAGCCAUCAACCACUUCUUCAUCUGGGGCAGCCUAGCUGUUUACUUUGCCAUCCUCUUUGCCAUGCACAGCAAUGGGCUCUUCGACAUGUUUCCAAACCAGUUCCGGUUUGUAGGUAAUGCCCAGAACACCCUGGCCCAGCCCACGGUGUGGCUGACCAUCGUGCUCACCACGGUUGUCUGCAUUAUGCCUGUGGUUGCCUUUCGAUUCCUCAAGCUGCACCUGAAGCCCGAUCUCUCUGACACGGUCCGCUACACCCAGCUGGUGCGGAAGAAGCAGAAGGCCCAGCACCGCUGCAUGCGGCGUGUGGGUCGCACAGGUUCCCGGCGCUCAGGCUACGCCUUCUCCCACCAGGAGGGCUUCGGGGAACUCAUUAUGUCUGGCAAAAACAUGCGGCUCAGCUCCCUUGCGCUCUCCAGCUUUACCACCCGCUCCAGCUCCAGCUGGAUUGAGAGCCUGCGCAGGAAAAAGAGUGACAGUGCCAGCAGCCCCAGCGGAGGGGACAAGCCCCUCAAGGGUUGAAGGCUGGGACUGGGACACCCCCAUGCUGGUGAUCAGAGCACACAGGGCUGGCCGGCCGCCGAGAGGACAGCGUCUAAUAACUGCGGGUCCUCAUCCCUUGCCUCUCCUAUCUCCCCUGGUAGACUCUGUCCUGUUGAUCCCACCAGGAAUGGCUGGGGCAUCCCCAGCUAUGGGCCCUCCCACCAGCUGGGAGGGUGGAGGGGGCAGGCCCCAAGGGCAGCUUAGGGGCAUCAUCGAGAACCAGCCCCAGUCGGGGACCAGAUGUGGAACCAAAAACA